GGAGAGGUAAGGUUGACUAAGAUGGAGCUCUGUUUUAAGGGCAAAAUCCUUAGAUAUUUCUUGUUUAAUCUUGUCCCAAUCAUUGAAAUAGGGAUGGUGAACUCACCAACAGUAAACUGUGAAUGUGAUAAUUUCAUAUUUCAGUUGUAUCAGUUAAUAGUUAAUAUAAAGCUGUAUAGUUAACUCUCUGAGUUAUCCAGGCUUAAUUGUCUAACUUGGUCUUUAGGAAAUAGCUUUUCUUUUCUUGAGGAAUACUAUUUAUAGCAAAGUUCACAAUUUCUGGUACCUUCGAUUGAAAAACAAAACAAAACAGACUGGCUGUAUUUUUAAAUACUGACCAGUUUUAUCAUGAGGGUCAUACAGUACAACAACUACAUAAAAGAUGGUUAAUAAUAAGUGAUAAGUUAUAGAUCAUUAAUUUAAAAUGAUGAUAGAUUAUAAACAACAGAUAAUAAAUUAUAGAAUAUAGAAUAUAAAGGAUUAGAUAGUAGAUAAUAAAUUGAAGAAUUGAAGAGUAUCCGAGAAGAAGAAAGAUGAACAUUAGCUAAUAUAUGAUAGAGGAGAGAUAUGGGAUAAAGAAAAAGUGAUCUGAUUAUAGACACAGAAUGUAUAAAGUGUAGAAGAGAGAGAAAAGGAUGAUGUAUGUAGAAGAUCUAGAGGAUAGAUGCUAAAUAGAUGGAGAUAGAGACACUGUAGGCAACAUACAGAUGGGACAUAGACACAGGUUAAAGACAGAGAAUAGACAGAUAGAAGAUAGACAUAGGAUAACAAGAAGUAGAUAAUAGAUAGAUAGAAGACAGACAAAAUAGCUACACUCUAGCUUCUAGAGGAUACAUGAUAGAUAAAUAGGAGAUAAACAAAGAAUAUGUAAAGGAAAGAGGAUAAUUAUAUGAAACAGAGACACAGAGGAACUAGAUGUUAAGGAUAGAUGAAAGAGUGAAAAAGGUGGCCAGAGGAUAAAUGAUACAUAGAUUGUAAACAGACACAGGACAGCUAGAGGAUAGAUGGUAGAUACAUGGCAAACAGACACAAGGUUGUUAGGAGACAGAUGAUACAUGAAAGACAGACACAGGAUAGCUAGAGGAUAGAUGAUAGAUAGAACACAAACACAGGAUAGCUAGAGGAUAAAUGAACCAUAGAUGGAAGGAAGGCACGGGAGAGCUAGAGGAUUGAUGAUAGUUGGAAGUCAUAUACAGGAGACUAUUGAAUUGUAGAUAGAUAGAUAGAUAGAUAGAUAGAUAGAUAGAUAGAUAGAUAGAUAUGCAGGCUAGCUAGCAGAUACAUGAACUAUGGAUGGCAUAGAGUCACACUGUAGUUGGAAGAAAGAUAUUGGAUAUAAGGAUGGAAUCCAGGCACAGAAUAGCCAGAGUAUAGUUGAUGGUUUACAGAGUCAGGGUAACUAGAUGAUAGGUGAUAUAUUAAUGGUAUAGACAUACAGGAUAGGGAGAGGAUAGAUGACAUAUAGGUGAUGGAAUACAGGCACAGGAUAGGUAGAUGAUAGAUGAUAGAUGAUACAUAGCUGAAACAUACACACAGAAAAUUUGGAAGAUUGAUGAUAGAUAGGAGAUAAGCAGGGCAGCUAGAAGAUAGAUGGCACAUGGGUAAAAUAUAGACCUAAGGUUGCUAGAGGAUAGUUGGUAGAUCUAUGGAUAAAAGAUAGCUAGAAGAUAAAGAAUAGAGAGAUCAGAGAUUCAGGGUAACUAGAUGAUAAGUGGUGCAUUGAUGGAAUAGAGAUAUCGGAUAGCUAGAGGAUAGAAUAUAGAUAGAUGGAAGAUAGGCAAAAUAUAUCCAGAGAGUAGUUGAUAGAAGACAUGCACAGGAAAGCUAGAUGAUUGAUGAUUGAUAGAUAGAUGAUAGAUAGAUAGAUAGAUAGAUAGAUAGAUCGAUAGAUAGAUAGAUAGAUAGACAUAUUUCUGUUAGUCAAAGGUAUCUAGGUAUAGCCUAGAGACUCAGAUUAGCUACAUGAUAGCUGAUAGGUAGUAUAAUAAAGACAAGAUAGCUAUAGAAUAGAUGGUAGAUGCAGCACAGUGAGAAGACAAAGGAUAGAUAGUAGACAGGAGACCUACCAGGUGGAUAGACACAGGAUAGCUGGAAUGUAGAUAAUUUGAAAGAUAGAAACAGCAUAGUUAGGAUUUCUAGGGAAUAGAUGAUAGUUGGGUAGAAGGCAUAUAGCAGAUUGUUCGGAGGAUAGGCCAUAGACAUAUUGAUGAUAGACAGAGGUGUGUAGAAAGAUAGAUGACUGAUUGGUGGAAGAUAAUAGAGAUAAUGUAGACACAGGAGAACUAUUUGAUAAUUGACAGAUGAAAAUUAAACACAUGAUAGUUAGAGGGAAUAUGAUAGGGAGAGACACAGGCUAUCUAGAACAUAGAUGAUUCAUAGAUGGAACAAGGGCACAUGAUAGCUGGGGUAUAGAUGAUCCAUAAAUGGAAGAUAGACUCAGAAUAGCUGCAGUGUAGGAGAUCCUUUGAUGGGAGAUAGACUCAAGAUAACAACAGGAUACAUGCAAACAAAGACAUAGAUGAUUAUCAGGCAUAGAGCAAGAUAGACAUAAGACAGCUACAGCAAGGAGAUGCUAUAGAUUGUAGAAAGAUGUUUACUUAGUAAAAGAAUGGUCUUAUUUGGUUUUAGAAUCCACCUCUAACCGACUGAAAAAAAUGGAGAGGAAUACACAAAAAAUGAGGAGUGGUGCCUCUAAUCCAUGCCAGAGGAUAACCCAUGAAGAUCUUUGCAAUUUGCUGAAGAGACUUCAGAAACUGAUGAAUAGACUUGGAUAUGGAUCAUCUAGAAAGAGACCCAGAGAACAGAGAACAGCCUGCUAUUGCCUCUCUGUCUUCUCAAAGAGGAAUGUUCAAUGUACAAACAAAUUAUGAACAAAACACAGUUCCUGUUUUUAAUACCUAUGAAGAAUACCAUAAGACGGUUCUUCAGUCAUUUGAAAAUAUUUCAAUUGUACUGAACAUAGAAGGAAAAGUUGUUUUUGUAUCUCAGAAUGUGACACCUCUUCUUGGCUAUCUUCCAGAAGAUAUAAUUGGGACGAGCCUAUUAAAUCUUGUUCAUGAUGAACAAAAGGAUGACAUAUCUGAGAAGAUCAUUCUAAAUCUUCCAUUGGCAAAUAUAGUGGGAAGCAUAAUCGAAUUUUGCUGUUAUAUAAGAAAAGGAAAUGUAGGUCAGAGUGGCCAGGACACAUAUUGUUACAGGACCAUGUACCAAGGGAGAUAUACAUAUGAGUACAUGAAAUUCAUCUUGUACUUACAGGAUUCUUAUGAUGAGUCAUUUGUAUUUUUUGGAAAAUUCGGUCCUAAUAGCAGAAAGAUUUGGUCUUCUGCUCCAAUGCUGUUAUGGGAGGAAAAGUACUAUGUUGUGGGAAACAUUUCUGUUCUACGUACGCCGGAUGAGUCAGCACAACCAGUUAACAUUCAAACAAAUGCUGUAGAUGAUGAUUCCGAUGAUGACAGUACUAUACAACACCAUAGGCUUUGAAAACGCCACCGUAGGAACAAAAUGCAUACAGAUGCUCAGGCUGAAGUUGUGAAUGUGGAGGAGUGUCCUGAAGCAGGAACAGAAGUUGAGAUUGUAGAAGUUCAAGCAGCCACUCAGCGAAUGCCAUUUGAAUUAAUUCAGGUCUGGACACCCUCUCACUCAAGCAUAACCCCAGACUUAAAUGCAGCCACAAGCAUAAGCACUGGCAUGAGGACAAGCACAAGUUCUUCAUCUACAGAUAUUUCAUCAACAACACCAGUAUCAUAUGAUGAAGAUUCUGAAGACAAGAAAGACCCUAAGUUCCAAGAAGUCAUUGUGGGUCAAGAACAAGGACAUCAGAAGGCACCUGAGGCUGCCCCAUCUAUUCCAACCACAGCAUUACAGGCUGUGCACCCAGAAGCUGUGGUAGAACCCACAGUACACACAGAUUUGCAGGUCCACAAUGCUGAGGAUAGAGAACAAGAACAAUGUGAAUAUGAAUUUGCCCAAUGUAUUGAAAUGCUUCAAAACUUAAAAUAUGAACGACCAGGGCAGCAUCAAACCGGGCAAGGACAAGGAUCUUGUGUGCAUCGUUCACGAGAACAGGUGGUGACUGUUAUUGAUGACUUGGGGUCACCCACCAUGGAAUUUUUUGGAAAUGACAAUUCUCAGCAUUCACAAAAUGAGACACAUAGAUGUUGGGAGGAUCCUAUUGAUUGUGCCCCUCCACUUCUGCAUCAUUCAUCAAGAUCAUGCCAGGAAAUGACUGCAUCACAUCAAACAUUGGCAGCCUCAUGUCAAGCAACAUUACCGUCAUGUCAAGCAUCAUUUGUGUCAUGUCCAGCAUCUUUACCAUCAUGUUCAGCAUCUGCACCAUCAUGUAUAGUACCUGUACCGAUACAUAAAGAAUCUGUACCAAUAUGUCAAGUUUCUGCACCAAUAAGUGAAGCAUAUGCACCAUUAAGCCAAACGUAUGCAUCAAAAAUUCAACCAUCUGCACAGUUAUGUCAAGUAUUGGCAGCUUCAUAUCAGGCAUCUGGACUGUUAUGUCAAGCAUCUGUAGUGACCCAUCAAGUAUCUGCACCUCGAUGUCAAUCAUUGGCAGUGUCACAUCAAGCAUCUGCACCACCAUGUCAAGCAUCAGCAACAUCAUGUCAUGCAUCAGUGGUGUCACAACAAGUAUUGGCAGCAUCAUAUCACCAAUCAGCAAUGUCACCUCAUGCUUCUUUUGACCACCGAAGAGAGAACAUUCCAUGCUUUCUGCCCCCCUGGACAAGAUCACUCUGGUUCCUUUUGGGCUGAAGAGGAUACUAAUCCUCAUCCAUGAGGGGAAGAUGAGGCUGAAGACAGGCCUCCACUGUCUGCAUGGGAAAGGGCCAUACAAAAUGGGAGAGUCCCUUGAUGGGAGAGGGUGUGUGGGUUAUACUGCUUUGCUUGCAAAUUAAGUUUGUAGUUAUUUGUAAGCAUAGUCAGUUUAUUGUAAAUAUUGCUGAAGAAGUUGACUGUUACAUCCAACUUGGUGUGUGAUAACAGGUGAUCCCUGGCCCCUGCUUUUUCAACACCACUUUGUGUAUAUGUAUAUCCAGAUGUGCUUUUGUUGUGGCAUGAGCAGUAUGUCAGGGCCCUACGUAUUUUUCUUGAUGAAAUUUAAAAUAACAUAGAAUUGCAACACAGGGAGGAACCUGUUCUAUCAUGCAGUUUUCCCAAAUUCUGAUGCCCUGUUUAUUUUUAUUUUUUUUAUUUCUAUCUCUUUUCUGUAGCCCGGUGCUAUUUGAUAUCCUAUGUUAAAUGGUUAUCCAAUUGUGAGCAACUAAUAUCUGUUCAGAAUAGUGUACAUAUUUACUUAAUAAACACUAUGCUCUACUAC